AGACACAACAACAGGUAUUUAGUAUUUCUUUCUUUCUUUCUUACACCCAAGACCAGGCACUGUUCAUUUUGAAUAAUCAAAUAUAAAAGUACCCACCACCACCGCCUCCUCCCACACCCACACAGAGAGAACCCAAAAGAGAAAAUCAUGUCUCCCUUUUCUUCUCCUGCUUCGUGAACUCAAUUUAAUGUGGGCUUGGAGUCCGCUCUGUGUGUGAGAAAGAAAGAGAGAGAGAGAGCCCAAAAAGGUUGAAAGAGUAGUGAUUGAUGAUAAUGAAGAAGGUGGUUUUUUGCUUUUUCUGACCAGACCUACCUUUUCUUCUUCUUCUGCUCUGCUUGAUCUCUCUUUGUAAUUUGCAAACCCAAAGGAGAGAACAGAAGAACCCAGAAAGGACUGUGCUCUGUUUGUCUCUGCAGAGCUGGUUUUUGAGAUCUUUGGCUUGCUGUAAUCAAGCAAUGGAGCAGCUUUGACUUUGACCAGCUGAAGCUCAGAUUAUCUGGCUUUUUUUAAUUUUUUUUUAUUGGUGUGAUCGCUCUUGGUACAACCCAAGUGGAAAAUCAGAGGAUUUUGAAGGAGAGACAUAAUUUAUUUUCUUGUGCACAAGUAGGAAUGUCAUUCCGUAGCAUAGUUCGUGAUGUUAGGGAUGGCAUUGGAAGCCUAUCUAGACGGGGUUUUGAAGUCCGGCUGAUGGGCCAUCAUAGAGGAAAAUCUCAUGGAUCAUUAAAUGAUUUGCAUGACCCGCCUCUUGUUGUUCAGAACAGUCGUUGGGCUAGCCUCCCACCAGAACUAUUGUAUGAUGUAAUCAGGAGGCUGGAAGAGAGUGAGAGCACAUGGCCUUCUCGAAAGCACGUUGUUGCAUGUGCUUCAGUUUGCCGUUCUUGGAGAAUGAUGUGCAAAGAAAUUGUUAAGAGUCCUGAGAUCUGCGGGAAGCUUACUUUUCCAGUUUCACUGAAGCAGCCAGGUCCACGGGAUGGACUCGUUCAGUGCUUCAUUAAAAGGGAUAAAUCUAAUCUAACAUACCACCUGUAUUUAUGUCUUAGUCCUGCUUUGCUAGUUGAAAAUGGAAAGUUCCUUCUUUCGGCAAAGAGGACUCGACGAACUACUUGUACAGAAUAUGUUAUUUCUAUGGAUGCUGACAACAUUUCAAGAUCAAGCAACACUUACAUUGGAAAGCUAAGAUCAAACUUUCUUGGCACAAAAUUCAUCGUGUAUGAUACGCAGCCUGCAUGCACUUCUGAGCAUAUUACGCCCCCAGGACGGACGAGCCGUAGGUUUACUUCCAAAAAGGUCUCCCCAAAAGUCCCAACUGGCAGCUACAACAUUGCUCAAAUAACCUACGAGCUAAAUGUGUUAGGCACUCGUGGCCCACGAAGGAUGCAUUGCAUGAUGCAUUCUAUCCCGGUAUCUUCUCUUGAUGUGGGAGGAACUGUCCCCGGCCAACCGGAACUCCUUUCCCGCUCCCUAGAAGAUUCGUUCCGAAGUAUCUCUUUCUCAAAGUCUCUCGACCACUCAGUUGAGUUCAGUAGUGCACGGUUUUCUGAAAUCGGUGGGCCGCGGGAUGAUGUGGAGGAUAGCAAAACAAGACCAUUGGUUUUGAAAAACAAGCCCCCACGAUGGCAUGAACAAUUACAGUGUUGGUGCCUAAACUUCCGAGGCCGGGUAACUGUUGCUUCUGUUAAGAACUUUCAGUUGAUUGCUGCAAUUCAGCCUGCACCAAGUGUUGUUGCACCUACUCCAUCUCAGCCAGCGCCCCCUGAGCUUGAUAAGAUAAUACUGCAGUUUGGCAAGGUUGGUAAAGACAUGUUCACUAUGGAUUAUCGUUAUCCUUUAUCUGCAUUUCAGGCUUUUGCAAUUUGCCUGAGCAGCUUUGACACCAAAUUGGCUUGUGAAUAGAGAAAAGAAUAAAUGGAUAGAUGGUAAGCAGAAGAGACUAAUGGCAAGCAUUCUGUUCACGUUUUUUUUUUUCCUUGUUAUUUGUGUACCUUGUCUUUCAAGUUUUAUUAGGAUAGGAAAUUGGUUGUUCUGUUGUAAAACUCAAUUGCUGCCCGGGUAACAGGGUAUAACGUCGCUUUGAUACCACAUCCUAGUGUUGUUACCCAUGACCUUCUGUCAAUCAAUUCAUUAAUGUCCAUCUGCAUUUGUCUGUUCA